UCGGGUGUCCAGUUGCAGUGACUUGUUCAUACUUGUCUCAGUUCCUGUUUCCUGCUCAGCUCCAAUGAUUCAUUUCACUUUAACAGCGACAGUUUGGAUCACUGUGUCUUUAUCUGUGACAUCUAGAAUGACCCCUAUUAAGAACAAACAUCUCUUGGUUUUGAAUCAUGUUGUUUUCGUCCUCCUUUUUCUAACACAAACUUGUGGUGGUCAGCAUCAAAUGAUUGGUCCAACUCAGCCAGUAGUGGCCAUGAUUGGUGAUGACAUCACUUUGCCAUGCCACCUGGAACCUGCUGUGGAUGUUGUUGACCUGACUGUGGAUUGGUCCAGAACUGACCUCAAACCUAGAUCUGUCUAUGUGAGGCGAGAGGGUGUGGAGCUUCUGACUGAGCAGAAUCCUUUGUACACAGGAAGAACAUCACUCUCUGUCAACAAACUGCAGUGUGGAGACAUUUCAUUGAAACUCUCCACAGUAAAACUCUCUGAUGCAGGAACAUACAAAUGCCUUGUACCUAAAUUUAAUGCAGAAACUGUGGUGAUGCUUGCUGUAGGUUCAGUUUCCUCACCAGUCAUAGAACUUACUAAUGCCAAAAAUGAAAUAAUGUUGGAGUGUAAAUCUAAUGGCUGGUAUCCAGAGCCUCAGAUGUUGUGGGUGUACAGUGAGGGAAAACCUAUUUCUGUGGAACCUACAAAGAAUGUCAGAGGUUCUGAUGGGCUCUAUACUGUCAGCAGUAAAGUUACUGUGGAGAAAGGACAGAGCUACAGCUUCACCUGCAAAGUUCAACAGAAGAAUAUCAGUCAAAUCAAAGAGGCACACAUCCAUGUUUCAGGUGAUCUCUUUAUGGUCCAGUCUAAUACUGCUGUUCACAUUAUCAUCAACUUGGCUGUCUGUUUAAUAAGCAUCGGGACAGCAGUAAUCCUAAUAUGGAAGUGUGGACAAAAGAAAACCAAAAUCAGGAUACAUGAUGAGGAAGAAAAUGAACUACAUCAAACAGAGAUGGAGGAGAAAUCACAGAGAGAAUGUGAGGAAAAGAAAAGACUUGAAGAUGAGUUGCAGAACAAUGAGGAAGACUUAAAACACAUCAGACAAACCAUUGAAAAACUGAUGGAGCAGAAGACAUUUCUGAAGAACCAGAGAGAAAAACUCAUCACACUACUGCAGGAGGACAAGACAGAGAUGAAAGAGGCCGUGAAAAAGUUGGAGAAAGACAAAGCCCCAACUUUUGACAAAGACAAAAAAAUGCAUAAGCGUGGAGAUAAAAAAGCUAACCUGGAAAAGAGAACAGAAGUACAUGAAGAACUGUUAAAGAUGACAGAAAAGCUAAUGGAGGAAACGGAGAACAUUAUAAUCCAAAUGACAGAAAGAAAGGGAAAGCUGGAAAAAGACAAGGAACAAAUUAUUAAACACUUGAGAGAGAAACAAAGAAAUGAAAGAGAUUUAGAAGAAACUCUCAGAGAAACAAGUGAGAAACACUGAACAGGUGUGUAAGAACCCAGGAUGAGUUUUCUUUAAUAUAUUACUUGCUAAAAUCACAUGUACAAACUGUCAUGUUGUGUUCAGUUUACAUUCCCAGGGUCUUCAGUUGUGAACCUAACCCGUUUUUUUGCUUUUCUUCCUUAGAGAAGGACAAAGUAACACGACAAAUAAAACAUGGAUUUUGCUGUUUUUUUCUCAUUGCUGUCAUUUUGCAAUGCGAUGCUCAGUAUUUCUUUAUUUGUUUGCUUUAAAUUUAUAGUAUAUACAUUUAAACAAGACAUGCAGUUUGACUGUAUUUUAUCAUAGGAGAUUUUGUUAUGAUAAAAUGUAUCAACAUUUUUGUGAUCCUUUUAAUCUUUUGUCUGUGUGUAAGAAUUAAGAAUUACACUGUGAGAGGAAGAAGAAAAUAUACUGUCUGUGUUGUCGUGAGACCUGUGGUAGAAAAAGACUGAAGUACCCCCUGGCCGCCUCCACAUCACAGCUAAGAGAUGUUAAAAGUUCGUAAUAAUCAGACUCAUGUGAGUAAAAGUGAUCAAAGUUGUAAAACAGAGCUUUCCUUCAUUUCCUAAUAAUUAAACAUUUUAUUCUUAAUCAAGAUAAAUCAAAGUACAAAUGUAAUCAAUAUAUUAAUGACAAAGAUAGUUUGAGUAAUAGAAAUAACUUUUUUGAUGUCUGGGUUUUGUGGUGGUGUGUGUAAGUACUCAUGAGCAGCUUCAACCUUUACAGUUUUGUGUUUCUAAUAACAGGCCUCACCACAAUCUGACAUGUGUGUGUGUGUGUGUGUGUGUGUGUGUGUGUGGUGCAGGAUGGGGGUGAAAGAGACACACUGGAACCACUAAUCUCAGAAAGUGUCUGACAACAAAAUGUAUGAUUUAAUAAAAGAAGUUUUUAAAAAUAAA